CCGAAGCAGUGAAAGUGUAGAACCUAAAAUCGAAAGCCGCCACGCGCCUUAAAGAUAAGAAACGAAGAUUACUGAAGCGACAGAGACUGUGGUGUUAGUUUCGUUGCGAAUGUAUGUGAGGACCGCGUGAUAUCAAACAUUGCUCCAGACGUUCCAGACGCGCGAACGCGCAUUUGGCGCAUGGAGAUCGCAAAUAUUUGCUGAGAUUAAGUGCUCCCACCAAGGAGUCGGGUGAUGAUAGGGAGGUUGGAAAUAUCCCGCGAAACAUAUCUAAUUAUAGCACGACCCCGUCUGUUCCGAUUUGUGGGAGAACCUACAGCAGAACCACCACCAUGCGACCAUCAAAUGGAAUCGACUACCUUCAAUCCGAAGAACAAGCUAAUGACUGAAGAUUUUACAAUCCUCAUCCAACGAUAACCACGUCGAUGCGCGUACUUUGCUGCCCCCGGUUCAUUGCUCUGGCGGCGCUAACAAGUGACGAAGGUGAUAUUCUAAGCAUCAGCACCAGCAUUCAAGAUAGAUGGAUAGUAUGGAAGCAGAUUGUGAGUCCGCCCGACGGCGUGACAGCUGGGACCACCGGGAGGACUUUCCGCCCGUCGGAAGUCUGUUAGCCCGCUACUUCAAAGGUCUAUGGACAAAGGAUACGCUCUACCGUCGUUUGCCGGUGUUGCAAUGGGCUCCAUCGUAUGGAGCGAAAAGUUUACUCUCGGACUUUAUCGCAGGCGUAACGGUGGGACUCACAUCCAUCCCGCAAAGUAUCGCUUAUGCAACGGUGGCUAACUUGGAACCUCAGUACGGGCUUUACUCGAACUUUAUGGGCUCGUUCGUGUAUGCCUUCCUGGGAACGGUCAAAGAAAUCACGGUCGCUCCAACAGCUGUAAUGGCACUGAUGGUGCAACAACCGGUACACGAUCUCGGUGCCGCCGGAGCCAUAUUGUCGUCGUUCUUAUCCGGAUGCAUCAUGCUCCUGUUGGGGUGUCUCAACUUUGGCUUUCUUGUCCAGUUCAUCUCGAUACCCGUUAUCACGGGCUUCAUCACAGCCGCCGCGAUCACAAUCAUUAGCAGUCAGUUGAAAUCAUUGAUGGGCAUUUCGUCAUCGGGAAAAUCGUCCGAAUUCGUAGACACGUGGGUUAAUCUCUAUGAAAACAUAGGAGAAACACGACUGUGGGAUUCGAUGCUCGGGUUUAGCUCGCUGGCGAUUCUCAUUUUUCUCACGAUCAUCAAAGGGCGUGGAACGGGCAGAUGGAAAACCAUAACCAAAUACGUGUGUUUGCUGCGCAAUGCAAUGAUCGUGCUCAGUGGUGGGCUGCUGGCAUAUAUCUUCAGCACGCAAGAGAAGUAUCCGUUCCGGCUUACCGGGAAAGUAGCGUCAGGAUUGCCUUCCAUUGAGUUGCCACCCUUUUCUACGAACCAUGAAGGAAAGGAGUACGAUUUCAUUGACAUGAUACGCACUCUCGGUACAUCCGUUAUAUCUAUUCCGCUUAUCUCCAUCCUCGAAAUCGUUUCCAUCGGCAAAGCGUUCUCUCGUGGCAAGCUGGUGGAUGCAACGCAGGAAAUGCUUUCGCUAGGAUGCUGCAAUGUUGCCGGUUCCUUCGUAUCAUCCAUUCCGACAACUGCAUCCUUUGCCCGAUCGGCCAUCAACAGCAGCAGUGGAGUGGUCACACCGUUCGGAGGAGUAUUCACGGGUGUGCUGGUGCUGCUCGCACUCGGACUACUGACGGAUUACUUUUUCUACAUUCCCAAAUCCACGCUGGCCGCCGUAAUCAUUGCGGCCAUGAUCUUUAUCAUCGAGUAUCGGGCGGUGGCAGAAAUGUGGCGCACGAAGCGGCUCGAUAUGGUGCCCUUCGUGGUGACUGUGGUGGCGUGUCUGUUCUUGGGACUGGAGAUCGGCAUAGUGAUCGGAAUAGCGGUUAAUCUGUGUUUUCCCUUAUAUCUAGCGUCGCGGCCCAGAAUCACUCACCAACUGAUGAAUAUCAACGAAACGGCAGUGCUAGUGGUGCGACCGGAUAGUGAUUUGGCAUUCUCUUCGGCGGAAUACUUCCGGGAAAAGAUUCUUAAACUGGCCACCCGGACCCUUCCCGAUGUUAUUCUCAUCGACGGAGAGUGGGUCAAGUUUGUGGACAGUACAGUCGUGCGGAAUCUGUCCAGCACUAUCAGCGAUUUGCGGCAACAGGGACGCCACGUGUUGCUGUGGCGAUGGGACAAAACCAUUCGCAACGCGUUGUAUCGUUUCAAGAAACACAAGUUUUUGCCGCUAUUCCGAAAUGACGAUUGUGUCGAGCAAGCCGUUACCAAUUGGAAGGGAAGUUUUGAGAAUGGUGCGUUUGAAAAUAAACUCUAGCAGUAAACCGAAACGACUAAUUAACUGCUAUCGAUUCUCUAGUGAUAAGUUUGUCAAUAUUCAAUGGAGAUGUGAAGGGAACAUCUAAUAAACUGUAAGUAAA